GAUGCGGCGCCGGUAGGGCAGCUGUGGUGCCGGGUGCACGAGGAAGGGGGAAUGAGAGCUGGUGACUUUGACCAGGGAACACCAUGGCCCACACUACCAUUUCUGCAGCUUUUGCUAUUCCUCAGUUACUGAGAGGUACUGCUCGAAUUUUCCCCACUCAUUCUGCAUUGUUACGGUUGAAGUACUCUGCUUUGUGUUCCUGCACAAUGAAUGGCACAAUGAAAUCCAAAAGGAAAAUGGAUCAUCUGGAGAGAACGGCAAAUAACUUUCGACAGGAGGUUAUUACUUCAGCAAAAGUGUGUGGCAUCACCAAUGAAUCUGAAACAGUUAAAAGACUUCGCUUGGCUGUCACAAAUAAGGAUUUUACUUUUAAAGCAGGACAGUGGGUAGAUUUCUUUAUUCCUAAAGUUGCCGUAGUUGGUGGAUUCUCAAUAUGUUCCAGCCCUGGUCUACUGGAACAAGAGGGAGUAUUGGAACUGGCAGUAAAACAUACUGUACAUCCUCCUGCUCACUGGAUUCACACUCAGUGUUCUCUUGACUCAGAAGUGGCUCUGCGAGUGGGAGGCAAUUUCUUCUUUGAUCCCCAACCUGCUGACUCCCCUGUAAACCUUGUGCUGAUAGCAGGGGGAGUAGGAAUCAACCCAUUGUUUUCCAUACUGCUACAUGUAGCAGAUUUUCAUAGAAAUCAAGAGAGUGAAGAAAAUGGGUAUAAAAUGGGAACAGUGAAGCUGUACUAUAGUGCAAAAAACACAAAUGAACUCUUAUUUAAGAAUAAUAUCUUUGGUUUGAUGAACGAAUUUCCUGGAAAGAUCACAUGCAGUUUCCAUGUUACCCAACAGAGUUCACAAAUCUGUGAAGAACUUCAGCCAUAUAUCACUGAGGGAAGAAUAUCUGAAAAGGAACUAGAAAAACAUGUGUCUAAGGAUACUUUAUGGUACAUCUGUGGUCCACCUCCAAUGAUAGAAUCUAUAUCCAAACUACUAGAAAACUUUGGUGUUCCUACAGACUGCAUUUACUUUGAGAAGUGGUGGUAGCAACAGCUACUUAGCAGAAAAUAAAAACUGAAAACAACUAAUCUAUGUAUUUUGAUAAAUAAAAAGUGCCUGAAAUGCACAGAAGAUGGACUCUACUAUGACCUCACUGACUGCAAGAUUUCACUAUACGCACAUGAAAUCUUCUUGUAUUUAGUAACAAUUCCUAAAUUAUCCUAUAAUGCACUCUGAUUUGGGUCAUUAUUGUUUUAUUGUUUUUGGAAAAAAAACAAUGUAUUUUAUAUUAAAGACAUG